AUGGUGACACUCUUAGAGCUUCAGAAACGCGCUCACGAGUUCAAGCAUUUGGAUUCCGGGCUAUCUUCUCUUGGAAUUGAGUUUACAAGUGCCAUCUAUGAUUUCCAAACCACUCCAACCAAAACGGGUCUCCAUCCAAUGCUUGCAAAUCUCAUGGUAUCUCACCUAGCAGCAGACGAGUCACACAAGGUGAUCGUAAUUCAAACACUUCAUCCAUUCCUUUGGCUGUGGCUUCAAAAUCACCCAUCUUAUGAUAAAAAUUGGAAGUCUGAUCGCAUUAAAUGUUUCGUCACCAACUCAUUUGCCCAGCUCUUUACCCUCUUUAGUUCAGAAAUGCUCAAGAAGGCCGCCGGAAGCAAAUGCUUGGUGGUUGUGGCGAAUUUUCAUGAAACAGCCCAGCAUUACAAGUUGCAACUUUCCGCCGCUUGCGAAGAAGCACUCUUGAAAUUCCACAUAACACGCAAUUCUGCUGCGUUAUUGCAACAAACUCAUCAUCCCGAGCUUCCUCCGUCCUCCAAUUUGCUACGAGAAAACCCGUCGUUGAAAUUCCAGUCACAUGUUUCUAGCCUAACUAGCCUCAUAUCCCAGUUUGCAUAUUCCACAAACCUGGUGUGUAUCUUGACAGGAUUUCUUAUAACAAAAUCAUUGCCAUACUCUCAAGAUACGCCAAACUUCUCGUUCAUAAACUCGCAGUUACCAAGAAGCUCACAAUCGAUACACAGUUCCGCACCAGAAUCGUCGCAAGCAUCGUUCAAUUCGCAGCCAUUCAAGCGCCAAACAAGACCUGUGUUGGUACCUUCUUUUGGACGAUUCCGAUAA